AAGAAGGGGCCCAAGGGGUGGGGCUGACGCUGCAGCUGGCGCAGCUUCGGCUCAGAGCAGCCGCCGCGGCGCAGCAGAGCGGCUCCUUCCCCCGCCCGUCCGCGCGCCGGGGCCGGGGCUAGGCCCCCCACCGCCGGGUCCCCCGGGGCUGCAGCAGCUGCGGCGCCGCCCGCGGUUCCCGCCGGGACCCGGGCGCCGGCCCCGCUCUGCAGGAUGGGCACGGUGCUGUCGCUUUCCCCUGCUUCCUCGGCCAAGGGCCGGAGGCCGGGAGGGCUGCCGGAGGAGAAAAAGAAGGCGCCGCCCGCGGGGGACGAGGCGCUGGGGGGCUACGGCGCGCCGCCGGCGGGCAAGGGCGGCAAAGGCGAGAGCCGGCUCAAGCGGCCGUCCGUGCUCAUCUCGGCGCUCACCUGGAAGCGCCUGGUGGCAGCCUCGGCCAAGAAGAAGAAAGGCAGCAAAAAGGUGACGCCCAAGCCAGCGUCCACUGGUCCCGACCCUUUGGUCCAGCAGCGCAACCGCGAGAACCUUCUCCGCAAGGGCCGCGACGCCCCCGACGGUGGCGGAGCGGCCAAGCCCCUGGCCGUGCCGGUGCCCACGGUGCCCGCGGCCGCUGCUACCUGCGAGCCCCCGUCGGGGGGCAGCGCGGCCGCCCCGCCACCAGGCUCAGGCGGGGGGAAGCCGCCGCCGCCACCCCCAGCCCCGCAGGCGGCACCGCCGGCACCCGGAGGCUCGCCGCGGCGGGUCAUCGUGCAGGCGUCCACCGGCGAGCUGCUGCGCUGCCUCGGCGAUUUCGUGUGCCGACGCUGCUACCGCCUCAAGGAGCUGAGCCCCGGCGAGCUGGUGGGCUGGUUCCGCGGCGUGGACCGCUCGCUGCUACUGCAGGGCUGGCAAGACCAGGCCUUCAUUACGCCCGCCAACCUGGUGUUCGUGUACCUGCUGUGUCGCGAGUCGCUGCGCGGGGACGAGCUGGCGUCGGCCGCCGAACUGCAGGCCGCCUUCCUCACCUGCCUCUACCUCGCCUACUCCUACAUGGGCAACGAGAUCUCUUACCCGCUCAAGCCCUUCCUCGUGGAGCCCGACAAGGAGCGUUUCUGGCAGCGCUGCCUGCGCCUCAUCCAGCGGCUCAGCCCGCAGAUGCUGCGGCUCAAUGCCGACCCCCACUUCUUCACGCAAGUCUUUCAAGACCUCAAGAACGAGGGCGAGGCCGCGGCAAGCACCGGGGGUCCACCCAGCGGAGGCGCAUCCACCACCUCCUCCUCGACCGCCAGGGACAGCUGCGCGGCCGGAGCCAAGCACUGGACUAUGAACUUGGACCGCUAGGGAUUCCCAUGGGCCGCGCCCGCCCCCCCCGCCCCAGCCCCUCACACACACCCGGAACCCC